AUCUCAAAGCAACAUAACUAAAAACCUAUAGUGCUAUAGGCUUUGAACAUUGUUCAACAAAAAUCCCAAGAUGAAGGUGAGAUUUUUUGCUUUGUUCUUACUCAUUUCAGGUAUUCAAGCCAUAUCAACCUCAGACUUCAACACUUCAGAAGAUAAGGGCCUCGUCCAGAGCAAUGGAGAAGCACAACAACUUCUUGAAACGUUGCAUGGAAGCAUAAAAGAGUCAAUUAGUGUGAAAUACCAAGUUGAAGAUAGGAAAGAAGAAGCAAUUGAUACAACAAGAAAAACACAAGGUGGAGGAAGUUCAGGAAGUAGCGGAAGACCAGGAAAUGGAGGCAGUUCAGAUGUUACUCGCAGGCCACGUCCAAGUUCUGCAACAUCACAACCUCAUUUUUGUGUCUCAGCGUUUAUUCUUUCUGUAAAUUUGGCUUCUGUCAUAUUGUUCUUCUUCCACUAUGUCUGAUGGAUGUAAUCCAUGCACAAAUAAUUAAGUUGAUGCCGAUAUGAAAAGGUUGAAAAUCUCAGCUUUUUGCUGAUAAGUGGGAAUAAAUAAUGGAAUUCAUUUCACUUUUU